AUGGCCUCGGCGGUUACUUUUUCCCUUAAAGGGUGGUGGCCGAUUAUCUGCUUAUCUCUGUUUACCGCGGUUUCUGUCUGCCUGGAAUGGUGGUUCUACGAGCUCGCCACCUUUCUAUCUGCCCGACUCGUUGACCCGAAGCCGAAGAUGGCCGCAAUGAACGUCCUCAUGCAGGCUGUAGGCUUUCUUUACACCUUCCCGGCCGCUCUCGGGUCUGCCGCUGCAACCCGGGUCGGGAACGAGCUCGGCGCAGGACGGCCGCGCCGCGCGCUGCUGGCUGCAGUCACUGCCAUCGCCGGGUCCAUCGCCAUGGCCGCCACCUCACUUACAUUAGCGGCGAAGUUUGCCCGGAGGUGGGCAGAGGUCUUCGCCCCGAAUGCGUUGGAGGUGGCAGCACUGGCGGCUGCUGCAAUGCCAAUCGUCGGGCUCUGCGAGCUCGGAAACUGCCCGCAAAUGGUGGGGUCCGGAGUUCUCCGGGGGUGCGCUCGGCCGUCCUACGGUGCCCUGAUAAACAUCACGGCGUUUUACAUGGUUGGUGCCCCCGUGGCGGUGGGACUCGCUCUCUUCACCGGUGCUGGAUUCAUCGGAAUCUGGUUGGGGCUGCUGGCGGCGCAGGUAUGUUGUGCGGCCGUCAUGAUGUAUGCCGUUUGCACGAUUCGUUGGAGUGAGGAGGCGAGACGAUCAAGGGAACUAGUGCAUGGUAGGAGCGAUUCACCCGGGGAUGUCGAAUUCAUCGAGUGUCUGCUUACCGGAGAUGGCACUCCAAGCCGGGAAAAGCUGCAGGAGUUUAACCGCCCGGAGAGUACCUUGGAAGAAGACAGUGGUGACGCUGCCGCGAAUGAAUCCCAGCCCCUUAUCGUUGAUGCCCAUGACCGAGCCUCUUCUCUUUGA